UAAUGUUAAUUAAGGAUUUAUUUAUGGCGGAAAUAGACACAACAUCAAGCACACUAGAAUGGGCAAUGGCUGAGCUGUUACAUAAUCCAGAAAAAAUGUUUAAAGUUAGGGCGGAACUUCAUCAAACACUUGGCAAAAAUGGAAAAUUUGAAGAGUCUAACACCUUAAAGCUCCCAUACCUUAAUGCAAUUGUGAAAGAAACUUUGAGGCUUCAUCCACCAGCACUAUUUCUCAUACCCCACAAGGCAAUUGAUUAUGUAGAGUUAGGUGGCUUCACAGUUCUCAACAAUGCACAAAUCCUAGUUAAUGUGUGGUCAUUGGGAAGAGAUUCAAGCAUUUGGGCUAACCCUAAUUCAUUUGAACCUGAGAGAUUCUUGGAUACUGAAAUUGAUUUUAAGGGAAACAAUUUUGAGUAUGUCCCAUUUGGUGCUAGUAGAAUAAUUUGUCCUGGAUUGCCUUUUGCAUCAAGAUCCAUACAUUUCAUAUUGGCAUCUCUUUUGUAUCACUUUCAUUGGAAGUUAGCUGAUGAAAUGAAGCCACAAGACAUGGACAUGUUAGCUAAUUAUUAA